UACRCAGUGGAAUGGCGGUAUUUUGGGUUUUCCUUYUCUACCAUCUUUUUCCAGCAAACGGUGAAGGUGGCUGUAGAGAUCUCAAGUUUCUCAAAUGCAUCGAGAACAAAACCAUGACUGGUCACGUGAUCAGUACGAUAAAGAUGGUAACACCUGCUAUUCAACUGUGUCAGAAUAAAUGUUUCCUUGAACACAAAUGUGUGUCGUACAACUUGGGUCCAGUACUUGGACAGACCAGGUGGUGUGAAUUGAAUGCCGCUGACCACUCGACUCGACCGAGUUUCUUAGUGGAUAAAAAAGGCUAUGAAUAUUGUCCAAUUCAGAAUGCUUGUCUUUCCAGUCCAUGUCUUUUUGAGAGAAUUUGCAUCCCAGAUUUCUCGUGGAAUACCUACAGCUGCAAAGGCUGCAGGAGCCCAUUGGGUAUGGAAGAUGGACGGAUUCCUGACGAAAACAUCACUGCGUCCUCGUUUUAUCAAAGCCCUAAAGCCAAAGAAAAAACUAGACCAAGCAAUGGACGUCUGAAUAAGAAGAAGACCGAGGAUGAUGCAGCAGGGUGGUCUGCGAGUUCAAAGAAAGAAGGCGAAUACAUUCAAGUCGAUCUUGGAGCCAUCAAGGUCAUCACCAUGGUAGCCACUCAAGGAAGAGGAGAUUUUCCUCAAUGGGUGACGACUUACUCACUGUCGUACAGCCUCGACAAUAAAGAUUGGAAAGACUACGAUGAAGACAGUGUCAAGGUUUUUCCAGGUAACAGCGAUCAACAAACCGUGGUGACUAAUGUUCUUCAAGUACCCAUAGAAACCAGGCACAUCCGACUGAUUGUGAAAGGGUAUAGAGCGUGGCCCUCUUUAAGGAUGGAGCUGUACGGAUGUUAAAUUCAUGUACUGCUCGUAAAUUUUAUAACUAUAGAGCUAGGAAGAAGGUUAUUCCGGUAGAAAUACCCUGGAUUCGAACCCACGACCCUCGGAGUUGCACUACCGUGCUCUACCAGCUGGGCUACAAAGUCAGACUGGGAGCAGUUCGUGGUGAAAAAGAUGUUAGGUUGCGGUAAUUAGAAUAUAAAGAUAUGAAUGUAAGGACCGCAUGGCACUAUGAAAUACAUGAUAUUUAAAAAAAUGGAAUACCUGACAAUCAGCGACGAAGGAGCGAUGUCGUCAGAAAUGGAUAUAGUCUGCCAGCACGGCGAAAGAGGCUUGGGUAUGAGCAAAGGCUCAUGGGCAGUUAUUAUUUAAUGGAAUGUGCAACAAGUUUCUGUUCAUUUAGGCUAGUCAGGCCAAAACCUCAGUUUCCUUUCUUUUAUUUAACUGGUUUUAAUUAAAACAGAAAAAUAAGGGAGGUGAUCGAAUGUAAUUUUGCUCAAGAUAUUGGUACGCAUAGUUGGCGUUUCGGUAUCAUGUGACGCACUUUACCCUCGGAGAGUGCUAUAUAGUUGCUCUGCAAGUCUGCACGAGGUCGGGGAAUACGUUUCUGGCGCGCGUUUCCACUGUUUUUGGCUACAACCCCAGGGUGGUUUUUACGUGGUUUUGCAGUUUUUCGUAUCUGGUAGUUUUACAUCAACUACCUAAUAAUAGGUCUGUAGGUAUUUCUGUAAUGGUGUAUAUAAUGUAUGAUAGCUUGUAGUUUGUCAUAUCACUCCUGAGUGGCGAAGGAAUCCUAAU